GAGCCAUGACUAGCAAUUCGCUAACCCUAAAUGGUGGUAAAGUAGAAAACUGAACUUUUGCCUUCAAACAACAACAAUGGGACGGGAUAUAUUGAUUGGUUUUGUAGGUAAACCCUCUAGUGGAAAAUCCACAAUGCUAAAUGCAUUGACGGAUGCUACUGCGAAAACGGGUUCUUUUCCAUUCACGACCAUUGAGCCCAAUAGGGCAGUAGGUUAUGUCCAAAUUGAUUGUGCUUGUAGUCGCUACGGUUUGGAAGACAAGUGCAAGCCUUUGUAUGGUGGUUGUACCAACGGAAGAAGGUCGGUUCCCAUUCAAUUGCUGGAUGUUGCCGGUCUAAUCCCAGGAGCCCAUGCGGGUAAAGGUCUUGGCAACAAAUUUUUGGAUGACCUCCGGCAUGCUGAUGCAUUGGUGCAUGUUGUUGAUGUUUCUGGUACUACUGAUUCAGAAGGAAAAGCUUGCCGUGGUUAUGAUCCCUCAGUCGAUAUUGCCUGGCUUCACGGCGAAAUUAUAGCCUGGGUUGGUGGAAACUUGAAAGCGAAAUGGCCUAAUACUCGUCGCCGUCAUAUCGCUACAAAAGCCAAUCCGGUGAAAACGUUGCAAAACCAGUUUUCUGGUUAUGGUAGUACACCAGCAAUCACCGCAAAGGUGCUCGAUAAGCUUCAUCUUUCAACUCCUUUGGAAGAUUGGGAUGAAGAAACUAUUGACAAAAUUGUCGAUACAUUUGUUAGAACAAAAUUCCCUACAGUCAUUGCUUUAAACAAGAUCGAUCACCCAGAUGCUGACGCCAACAUCUCUAAGAUUGCAAGAAAAGAAAAUCCUAACUUACUCGUCCUUACGUCAGCAAUAUCUGAAGUUCUGCUCCGCCGACUCGCAAAACAAGGAUUCAUUAAAUAUGAAGAAGGAUCAGAAUUCGUCGAUACAAAGGACGACUUGCCAGAUUCUGAUUUGAAGCCAAUGGACGAAAAACUGAAAAACCAUAUCACCAAUUUGCAAGAUAUGGUUUUAUAUCGGCAUGGAUCCACUGGCGUAGUUAACGUUUUACUGAAGGCCAUUGAGUUGUUGGGCUUGAUACCCGUCUUCUCUGUGAAAAAUAUUAACAACUUCUCCAAUGGCAAUGUGAGCGAGGGCGUGUUCCGCGACUGUAUUUUGGUGAAGAAAGGCACUACAGCCGGAGAAGUCUCCCACAUGGUACUGGGAGGAGAAGCCAUGUCCAUUGUUGGUGUUAACGGAAAUAUCGCUGAGGAUGAACCCAUCGUCAGUGGGAAAACUGAUAUUCUUAAUUUCCGUUUGAAAAAAGCUGAUUCUUAAUGGUAUUAAUUUUUCUUUGUCAUGUAAGGGCUCUGGAGACACUAGUACAACCUUUAUUAAUUAGGCAAUGACACAGCCCUUAUCUCCUGCUGGGGUAGGAUUUGCUUGCUUUUCAACCUCACUAAUAACGAGUUCAAAUGCACGAGCAACAUUCUCGUUAUGGCGAGCUGAAGCUUCAGUCCAGGCACAUUUCCACUCGGUAGCAAGUGCUUUUCCUUCUUCGGAUGUUACUGCGCGCUGCAUGUGUAAAUCACUCUUGUUUCCGACCACAACAAUGGGAACCCAUUCCGUUCCCUAGAAAUUUAGUUAGUAACAGAUUUCGUCCAUCAAUUAUCUCAAUCAGGCGUACUGUGUGAUUCAAAAUUUUGUCGCGAAUAAUUUUCACCAUCUCAAA